GGUUCAUGAUUCCCUUUCUAAGCAUCCGACUGUCUAGUUGUCAAUCCACAAACGUUUCUUUCCGUUUCCUCAGUCAACGCCCGCCAUCCCAUCAUAUUAAUUUGAAAAGGCGUAGUAUCAGAGACUUCAGUGGUUAGGAGAUGUACAGUGAGCUUGACAUCAUGGGGGACUCUCCUAUUCGACGACUGUCCACCACUAGCUCAAACAGUAGCCUGAAGCGAGAAGAGGAUCUCAUCAAUGCCUACGAAGCAGAGGAAGAACGGAUCAUCAACGUAUUGUCCCGCAAACUCGAGCAGCUUCGUGAGGAGAAAAUUCAACUCGAAAACGCGCUCGAAGCAGAGUCGGAAUCUCAUGUGAAUAGGCUUGGUCGGGAAUUGUCUGCACUACGGCUUCAGCAGCAGCAGCAACAGCAAUCUGGGACGAAUGGGAUCGCCGCUUCCCCAGAUAACAGGGUGGGAGUUCCGACGUUUAUGGCUGGUCGAGAACCUAUGAUUCCAAGUGCAGAAGUCAUGCUGGAAACCAUGAGACGAGAGAACGAGCAAUUGCGCAACCGCCUAGUCGAUACAGAAAGAGACUAUGUGCGGGUAUCGCGGUUAAACGAAGUGUAUCGUGAAGAGCUCCUUGAACACAGGAGACGGCUCGGUCUGUCAGUCGACAACCUUGUCGGCCUGUCCUCGGCAGACCCAUAUUCGCAGCCUACGCAUCGGCGAUCUGUAUCUAAUCUAUCAUCGCCCAGCACAUCUGCGACACAGCCUUCGCAAGCAAUCCAUGGUGUCCCUAUCCCUCGACCUUCCUCCUCGAUACGGCGCCCAACGAACAAUGUGUCAGAAAGCAAUACACCGUUAUCGCAUUCUCCUUCCUCGACAGAGUCACCCUUCCCAUUCUCGCCUAUUGUCGGAACAAAUCCUACAAGUUAUGUCAGUAAUGGGACGCCUAUGACGACGCCACCAUCGUCUGCUUCGUUAACGUCAAAUCCUCCAUCAACGUUCACUAUUCCUCAUAUGUUGUCCUAUCCCUCAGUGCCACCACCAUCACUGUCUUCUUCGUACGGGUCGCCUGUGGUGUCAUACAUACCGCAUCGCGACCACUCACUGUCACCUGUGGUCCCUUUAAGUAGGCGCGGUUCGAACGCACGAGGAAACAUUGAGCGUCGUUUCGUGGACCCAGUAGGUGUCAGCAAUAAUAGAAGUCGGAGCAGACACGGGAGCAUUGAAAGGGGUGCACGCGUUGCGGAGACAGGGCAAUUGAUUCCUCGCUCUCGCCGUGAGAGUCAAAACGUUUCAGCCACGUCAUCGGAUGUAUCUGCGACAGCGGAGGGAUGACUUGGACAAUCCACAUGAAAGUUUGUAGCUUCACUUUCUGAUUUUUCCAACGCUACCAUCGUUUGUAUGCUAUCUUUGUUACUGGAGAGCUCAUGUAUGUAAUAAUGUUCGGUCCCGUCCCGAUCGGUCGAACAAUGUGCUAUUAUGUACCAAAUGGGGAAUUUGCGCCCGUG